ACGCCCUAUAAUAAAGCCAUCAGAAUGACACCUUCUCAGGUUACCUUUGAAAUAAGAGGAUCUCUUUUACCAGGAGAAGUUUUUGCAAUAUGUGGAAGCUGCGAUGCUUUGGGAAACUGGAAUCCUCAAAAUGCUAUGGCUCUUUGUCCAGAAAAUGAGACUGGUGAAAGCAUGUUAUGGAAAGCCACCAUAACACUCAGUAGAGGUGUAUCAGUUGAAUAUCGCUACUUCAAAGGGUGCUUCUUAGAACCAAAGACUAUCGGUGGUCCAUGUCAAGUCAUAGUUCACAAGUGGGAGACUCAUCUACAACCACGAUCAAUAACCCCUUUAGAAAGUGAAAUUAUUAUUGACGAUGGACAAUUUGGAAUUCACAAUGGUGUUGAAACUCUGGAUUCUGGAUGGCUGACAUGUCAGACUGAAAUAAGAUUACGUUUGCAUUAUUCUGAAAAACCUCCUGUCUCAAUUACAAAGAAAAAUUUAAAAAAAUCUAGAUUUAGGGUAAAGCUGACACUAGAGGGUCUGGAGGAAGAUGAUGAUGAUAGGGUAUCUCCCAGUGUUCUUCACAAAAUGUCCAACAGCCUAGAGAUAUCCUUAAUAAGUGACCAUGAGUUCAAAUGUAGGCACUCACAGCCAGAAUGUGGGUAUGGCUUACAGCCUGACCGUUGGACAGAAUACAGCAUACAGACAAUGGAACCAGAUAACCUGGAGCUAAUAUUUGAUUUUUUUGAGGAAGAUCUCAGUGAACAUGUAGUUCAGGGGGAUGCCCUUCCUGGACAUGUGGGUACAGCAUGCCUCUUAUCAUCUACCAUUGCUGAGAGUGGGAAGAGUGCUGGAAUCCUAACUCUUCCAAUCAUGAGCAGAAAUUCCAGAAAAACGAUAGGCAAAGUACGAGUUGAUUAUAUAAUUAUCAAGCCAUUACCAGGAUACAGUUGUGACAUGAAAUCUUCGUUUUCCAAGUAUUGGAAGCCAAGAAUACCAUUGGAUGUUGGACAUAGAGGUGCAGGAAAUUCUACAACAACUGCUCAGCUUGCUAAAGUUCAAGAAAAUACUAUUGCUUCUUUAAGAAAUGCUGCUAGUCAUGGUGCAGCCUUUGUAGAAUUUGAUGUACAUCUUUCGAAAGAUUUUGUGCCUGUGGUAUAUCAUGACCUCACCUGUUGCUUGACUAUGAAAAAGAAAUUUGAUGCUGAUCCUGUUGAAUUAUUUGAAAUUCCAGUAAAGGAAUUAACAUUUGACCAACUGCAGUUGUUAAAGCUCACUCAUGUGACUGCACUAAAAUCUAAGGAUCUGAAAGAAUCUGUAGUAGAGGAAGAAAAUUCCUUUUCUGAAAAUCAGCCAUUUCCUUCUCUUAAAAUGGUAUUAGAGUCUUUACCAGAAGAUGUAGGAUUUAACAUAGAAAUAAAAUGGAUCUGCCAGCAAAGGGAUGGAAUUUGGGAUGGUAACUUGUCGACAUAUUUUGACAUGAAUCUGUUUUUAGAUAUAAUUUUAAAAACUGUCUUAGAAAAUUCUGGGAAGAGGAGAAUAGUGUUUUCUUCAUUUGAUGCAGAUAUUUGUACAAUGGUUCGGCAAAAGCAGAAUAAAUAUCCCAUAUUAUUUUUGACCCAAGGAAAAUCUGAUAUAUAUCCUGAACUCAUGGACCUCAGAUCUCGGACAACCCCCAUUGCAAUGAGUUUUGCACAGUUUGAAAAUCUUCUGGGAAUAAAUGCACAUUCUGAAGACCUGCUCAGAAACCCAUCCUAUAUUCACGACGCAAAAGCUAAGGGACUAGUCAUAUUCUGCUGGGGUGAUGAUACUAAUGAUCCUGAGAACAGAAGAAAGUUGAAGGAAUUUGGAGUUAAUGGUCUAAUUUAUGAUAGGAUAUAUGAUUGGAUGCCUGAACAGCCAAAUAUAUUUCAAGUGGAGCAGUUGGAACGCCUGAAGCAAGAAUUACCAGAGCUUAAGAGCUGUUUGUGUCCCACUGUUAGCCGCUUCGUUCCCUCAUCUUUGUGUGGGGAAUCUGACAUCCAUGUGGAUGCCAAUGGCAUUGAUAAUGUAGAAAGUGCUUAGUUUUUAUUGAGCAAAGGCCAUUUGGGGGCAUGCACCGCUCUUCUGGGUAUUCACUUUUCAUCAUUGAGCAUUGUGUAUCUAUGCCUUUUAGGUUUCUCAGCCCAAUGAAGCAAUAAUGAAGUAUUUUACUAUAUUACUACAGUUCUUGCUAGAAUUUCAAGUAUGCUAUUUAAAUCACUUGGCCAGGUAUAAUUACCAGUCAGUCUCUUUACAGUGAGAAAAUUUCUUGAUUGGUAAAUAUUUUAAACUAAAUAUGUGAAUGUAUAAUGUUAAACAUUGAUUAAAAGCAUAGCAUUUUGAAACUAACUAUAUAAAUACCUUAUAUUUACACUUCUUACAGCUUUUCAUUUGAUCAGGUCUGAAAUAAUUAGCACUUGGGAAACAUGACUAUGCAUAAUUAUACCUGACCAUGGAAAAAAUAAGUACCUCAAAUGCAUGCAUUUGCACUGGUGAUUCCAACUGCACAAUCUUUGUGCCAUCUGUGUAUAUAUGUAUUUUUUUACAUGGAUUGACAUGUGCAUAUACCAUUUGCAUUCAGUAUGAACCUUGAGGCUGCUGCCAUUUUCCCACUUAACCAAACCAAUGCCUGUGUAAACAGCCGAGAGGUGAUCCUUGAAAGCUUAUUUACUAAGUCUUUCAAAAGUUGUUUUGCAUUAAUGUUAAAAUUUCAAAAUACUGCAGGGUAAUUUAAUGUUUAUAAAAUAUUAGAAGUAUGUAUUGCAUACUUAGAAAAGUAGAUCACAACGUAUAAAUUUUAUUCACUGCAUGCUUUAGAUUUUAAGCAUGAGAUUAUACAUGUUUACUGUAAGUCCUUGCAUCAGUGGUGCUAGGUGAGUGUGAGAAGGUGUCAAGGACUCAAAAUUUUUUGUUGCCUAAAAAAAAGAGGGCCUGUUUGUAGGCACAUUAAAUAUGCUUAUUUUAAGUGUCUCUCACUACCUAUUACACACCGUUGCUUUGUGGGUUUGUUUUCUGUGUGUGUUGUACAGUAGUUAAAUCGCCAUGCAAAAAAAAAAAUAAUAAUAAUAAAUGUCCUGA